GCGCGGGCGACGGGCCGAGAAGGAGCAGAAAAUGGCGGCGGCUGUGGCGGCGGCGGUUUCGGAAGGCGGCGCCAAGAUGGCGGAGGCCGGGGCCUUGGCCGGGGGAGGGAUGGCGGCGGCCAACGGGGCUGGCAACGGCGUCGGGGAGGGCGUCCCCAAGAGUGAAGGCGAGCGGCCAACCCAGAACGAGAAAAGGAAGGAGAAAAGUGCCAAGCGUGGCGGAGGGAGUCGCUUUGAGCCCUAUGCCAGCCCUUCGAAAAGAUACCGAGCCUUCAUUACCAACAUCCCCUUCGAUGUGAAGUGGCAGUACCUCAAAGAUCUAGUCAAAGAGAAAGUUGGUGAGGUAACAUACGUGGAGCUCUUAAUGGACGCUGAAGGAAAGUCAAGGGGAUGUGCUGUUGUCGAGUUCAAGAUGGAAGAGAGCAUGAAGAAGGCUGUGGAGGCUCUCAACAAGCACAGCCUCAGCGGCCGGCCCUUGAAAGUGAAGGAGGAUCCUGAUGGAGAGCAUGUGAGGAGAGCCGUACAGAAGGCCAUGGCUGCAUCUGGUGGCGGGAUGGGGAUCGGCCCUGGCCCCGGCGGCCCCGGGAUGAUCAACAUCCCUCCCAGCAUCCUCAAUAACCCAAACAUCCCCAACGAGAUCAUUCAUGCCCUGCAGGCAGGCAGGCUUGGGAGCACGGUCUUUGUGGCCAAUCUGGAUUACAAAGUGGGCUGGAAGAAGCUGAAGGAGGUGUUCAGCAUGGCUGGCGUAGUGGUCCGGGCAGACAUCCUGGAAGACAAAGACGGGAAGAGCCGGGGCAUCGGCACAGUGACUUUUGAGCAGGCUAUUGAAGCUGUUCAGGCCAUUUCCAUGUUCAAUGGGCAGCUGCUGUUUGACAGACCGAUGCAUGUGAAGAUGGACGAGCGAGCCUUGCCGAAAGGGGACUUCUUCCCUCCGGAGCGGCCCCAGCAGCUUCCUCAUGGACUUGGAGGCAUUGGCAUGGGACUGGGGCCAGGAGGAAUACCUAUUGAUGCAAACCAUUUGAACAAGGGUUUGGGUAUGGGCAACCUGGGACCCGGAGGAAUGGGCAUAGAAGGCUUGGGCUUUGGAAUGAACAAAAUGGGAGGGAUGGAAGGGCCUUUCAGCGGAAUGGAGAACCUGGGCCGCUUCCCUUCUGGGAUGAACCUGGGCAGGAUGAGCGAAAUGGACCGUGCGAUCGGAGGCGGGUUUGAAAGAGACUUCCCGAGGAACGAAAUGGGGAUGCCUCGUAGCUUUGGGGACACCCUGGACAGGGGGCUGGGUGGCGGCGGAGGCGGGGCCAGCAUCCCCACGAUUGACCGCAUGGCCCCCGGCCUCGACCGCAUGGCCACGGGCAUUGAUAGGCUCCCCUCGGGCAUGGGGCAUGGCAUAGAAAGAGUGGGCUCCGAGAUGGACAGGAUGGGGCUGGUGCUGGACCGCAUGGGCUCCGGUGUGGAUAGGAUGGGCUCCGGCAUGGACCGGAUGGCUCCCCUGGGGAUAGACCACUUGGCGUCCAACAUGGACCGCAUGGGCUCUGGGAUGGACCGCAUGGGGACGGGGAUGGAGAGGAUGGGCACAGGGCUAGGGUUCGGCAUGGACCGCAUGGGCUCCGCCAUGGACCGCGUCGGCACGACCAUGGACCGCAUGGGCGCCGGCGUGGACCGCAUGAGCUCUGGCAUAGAAAGGAUGGGCCUGGGCAUGGACCGCAUGGUCCCUGCGGGGAUGGGGCCCGCAGGGAUGGGCCCCGUGAUGGACAGGAUGCCCGCGGGGCUGGACCGCCUCGGGGCGGCCUCCAUCGACAGGAUAGGUCUCGACCGCAUCGCGGCCAGCAACAUGGACAGGAUGGGUCUCGACCGCAUGGGGGCUGCCGCCACCAACAUGGACAGGAUGGGGCCCGCCAUGGGGCAGGGCAUGGGGGCAGGGCUAGACAGGAUGGGGCUCGCCAUGGGGAGCACCUUCGAUAGGACGAUGGAGAUGGACCGGGGGAACUUUGCCGCCGGAAGCUUCGCCGGCGCCCUCGGGACCGGAGGACCUGCCGCUGCCGCCGGUGUAGCCAGGAAGGCUUGCCAGAUUUUUGUGAGAAAUCUUCCUUUUGAUUUCACGUGGAAAAUGCUGAAAGACAAGUUCAAUGAGUGUGGCCACGUCAUGUAUGCAGACAUCAAAAUGGAGAACGGCAAAUCCAAAGGGUGCGGCGUGGUCCGAUUUGAAUCCCCGGAAGUCGCCGAAAGAGCCUGCCGUAUGAUGAACGGGAUCCAGCUUCGUGGCAGGGAGAUAGACGUGCGGAUUGACAGGAAUGCCUAAGUUUUGUUUUUUGGCAGGGGCCUUUUUAAAUACGAAGGGAGAGCGCUUGGGGAUUGUACUUUCUUGUUGGGAUUUUUUAAAAAAUUUGUGAAAAUGGUAAGACAACUCAGUUGCUUUUUGGAGUAAUUUUAGUUCCUUUUUUAAAAUAAGAUUUGUUUUUUCCCCAUUUUACUGUCCUGGGAUUUUGUUUUUGAAUUGAAACUGUGUUUUAACAUGCACAAUCUGGUUCUAUGUAGUGGCGUCGCAUUACACUAUGUCUUUGGUAAAUAAACGCCAGUGGCGGGUGGCUAUCAAGUCUUGUUCCCCACCCUUUCCCUGGUUAGAGAAACUCUUCGGAAAGACCCUCUGAAGAAAGCAAGUCAUGUUGAUUCACUUCUGUGAAUUUAUGAAAAGUUGUUUUUUUUAGGUUUUUUUCUUGGAAAAUCUACAACUAGACCAUGAGUCAAACCAAAACCACAUGUCUUGUAUGAAGUCGAUGUCUAUAUUAAAAGUGUUCUCUUGUGGCUGACAAAGA